AUGUCAUCCACGCAACCAAAUGAUGGCUUACCUCUACUGGUGAGACACGCAAUGGAAGUGUUGGAAGCGAUCGGUGAUACAGACAAUGAAGUGAGUUCAGUGCUCAACAAAGAUGUCAAACAGUUUGGCAAACAGUUCCUCAUCGAUGGCAAGGAAGACACCUCUUGGAACUCAGACCAGGAUUACUUUGUGGACAACCACUGGUCAAAAGUUCCCAAAUCGUGGUCUCAUUGUCUCGAAGAUUUUGAACUGAAAGACAUACCAAAUCUUUUAUCAACUGAUUCUGAAUCUAAAUUCAAAUGUGUUUUACCACUGAGUUUGCUAUCACUUCGUGCGACCUGUUCUGCCCUUCAGUUGACCCGCAAAUGGAGUCCCGACUCUUCUAUAAUUUUCCCAAAAAGUCAUUUUUCUGAAAGCACUCAACAAUUGGAUUCAGAGCUCAAAGACUCGAAUCACCCGAACAUGAAGACCGAGAUCCUGAACCGACGGGUCAAGCAUAAGAAAAGGCAUGAAAUUAGACGCCUUUCCAAACUGACCGAUCAUUUGUUGAAAGGGAUGUGCGAUUGCAAGACUAUAGUGGACUGUGGGUCAGGUCAGGGACACUUGUCUCGCAUUCUGAGCCUAUGUUUCGGUUACGACGUGAUCAGCAUUGAAGGCAAUGACGACAAUGUGUUGGGCGCACAACACAAAGACAUGAAUACAUUGAAUAGUCUGAAGCGAUACAAACUCACCGAUAGAUUGAAUUUGGAUUUUCCGAAAAAAGUCAAUUGUUUGCUACAAAAGGACUCAUCGAUUAGUGAAGUGACACAAAACAGUGACAAUCACCUGUUGUUAGGUCUUCACGCGUGUGGACCCCUCUCCACCAUAAUUCUCAAUCAACUCAAAGAAUGCAAUUCUGCCAAAGCCUUGCUUUUAGUGAGUUGUUGUUACAUGAAAAUCGAUAGCAAUAGUUUUCCAGUGAGUAAAUUGGUUAAGAACUUAUCAAUGCCUUAUAAAUGUCUUAGCUAUGAGGCCAAAGAAGUAGCAUGUCAUGCCAUUGAAAAGUUUGUUCAUAAACUCCAGACUAACGCAAGAUAUAAGCGUACAGUUAUGCCGAGUAUGUGGCGAUCGGGCAUCAGUGGUGGCCGACUCUACCACAUCACCACUAUGUUUGGGGACACCCUUUGCUCCCACUUCUCUUCCCAUGUCUCACUCCACAUCACUCCCAUCGUUACAGUGGACCACUUCCUUGUCCUCCACACACUUGUCUUCAAUCUAUUCUCCCAAUUAUUAUGCCAUCACUUCAAAUACAUUCACACAGAUUACAAGAAUCAUAUUCAGCACAGUUUAGAACAGAGAAAGCUUUCGGAUAUAAUAGAGUACGUGAAAAGUCUUCACAUCAACCAAAUUGAAUUCACAUGUCUUAAAGUGCUUCUACUGUUCAGACCCGAAUGUGGUGGUCUGUCCAAUGGUGAGCACAUCAGGUCAAUGCAAGACGAGGCACAGAUACUUCUCUACGAACAGAUCCAACACACCAUCACUUCCAACACAACUCCCACUUCAUUAACGCUUCGUUUCGGUCGUCUUCUGCUCCUAUUAUCAGCUCUUAAGCGACUCAAUAGAACUCAUUUUCCUCCCAUUCAUAACAGUUUAUUGGGUUUAGCUCUCAAUCAAUUGGCUCUUUAGCCGCCUUUCCCUUCAAUGCACCCGCACUUCACUACAUUCUCUCCAAACUUCUCUCAAUCAACCAUCUCUUCUGAUGUUUAAACAAACAUAUUAUGUCUCAUUGUAUCGAUGUUUUCCUGUUAUACUGCACUGUACUGUACAGAGUAUGCUCUAUACGGCAUCACUUACUUCUAAAUAUUAACUCUAUUUAAACGUUUGUUUUUAAAUUCUUAAAGCUAAUAAAAAUCUAAAAUACAUUAAAUCAAUAAUAUUGCAUGAUAAAUAACUGUUAUUAAUAAAAUU